AUGGCGGAGGAGUGAGCGGUGUCUGCUCUUAUCAUAACAUCUCCAGCUGCAGCCGCCGCAGUUAUCCCGUUACCGGGCGACCGUGACCCGCAGACAUCUGGUGGCAGCGGGCGGUGAUGGAGGGGGGCUGUGCCAGGAUCCGUACCCCGGGGACCGUGGAUUAGUCAGUGCAUCUCGCGCAGGUGUCUCCCUCUGCUCUCUGACACUGCCGGGCGAUCCCUGGGACUGGUCCCCGUCAGCCCCGUUAUCUGCGGAGGAGAUCGUCAUCGUCUGCGGCGGGUCGGCCGCUGUGCGCGGAGGAGACAUGGCCGAGCACAAGCUGGGGGCCGGCUGCCCGGACAGGGAUGCUGCUGCUGCCGCCCCGGGGGGCUCCGGCUCCAUGGUGCUGCCCGGCGGGGUCAUGCCCAUCCGUAAUAUGAGGAUGAAAUUCGCCGUCCUGAUCGGGCUCAUCCAGGUCGGGGAGGUCAGCAACCGGGACAUCGUGGAGACCGUGCUCAACCUGCUGGUCGGUGGAGAAUUUGAUCUGGAGAUGAAUUUUAUCAUUCAAGAUGCAGAGAGCAUUACCUGCAUGUCGGAGCUGCUGGAGCACUGUGAUGUAACGUGCCAGGCCGAAAUCUGGAGCAUGUUCACAGCUAUUCUACGGAAGAGUGUCCGUAACCUGCAGACCAGCACUGAAGUUGGCCUCAUUGAGCAAGUUCUGCUGAAGAUGAGCUCUGUAGAUGAUAUGAUUGCAGAUCUUCUGGUUGACAUGUUGGGAGUGCUCGCCAGCUACAGUAUCACAGUCAAAGAGCUGAAGCUUCUCUUUAGCAUGUUACGAGGAGAAAAUGGAAUCUGGCCGAGGCAUGCAGUGAAAUUGUUAUCAGUGCUCAAUCAAAUGCCACAGAGACAUGGACCCGACACGUUCUUCAAUUUCCCAGGACGGAGUGCGGCAGCUAUUGCACUGCCUCCUAUUGCCAAGUGGCCUUAUCAGAAUGGUUUCACAUUGAACACGUGGUUUCGGAUGGAUCCUUUAAAUAAUAUAAAUGUUGACAAGGAUAAACCUUACCUCUACUGCUUUCGCACCAGUAAAGGCGUUGGUUAUUCUGCGCAUUUUGUGGGGAAUUGUUUGAUCGUCACAUCCCUGAAAUCAAAAGGAAAAGGUUUCCAGCACUGUGUGAAGUACGACUUCCAGCCACGCAAGUGGUACAUGAUCAGCAUUGUUCACAUCUACAACCGCUGGAGGAACAGUGAAAUCCGCUGCUAUGUAAAUGGCCAGCUAGUAUCUUAUGGGGACAUGGCGUGGCACGUGAACACAAACGACAGCUAUGAUAAAUGCUUCCUUGGUUCAUCAGAGACAGCCGACGCCAACCGAGUGUUUUGUGGUCAACUUGGAGCAGUGUAUGUGUUCAUCGAGGCCCUGAACCCUGCACAGAUCUUUGCUAUACAUCAACUUGGACCAGGUUAUAAGAGUACAUUCAAGUUCAAAUCUGAGAGCGACAUACAUUUGGCCGAGCACCACAAACAAGUCCUGUAUGACGGAAAACUUGCGAGCAGUAUAGCAUUCACUUACAACGCAAAGGCCACUGAUGCCCAGCUCUGCCUUGAAUCGUCACCAAAGGAAAAUCCCUCCAUAUUUGUGCAUUCUCCCCAUGCACUUAUGCUACAGGACGUAAAAGCUAUAGUAACGCACUCAAUACACAGCGCAAUCCACUCCAUUGGGGGCAUCCAGGUUCUCUUCCCACUUUUUGCGCAGUUGGACAAUCGACAGCUGAACGACAGUCAGGUGGAAACUACCGUCUGUGCAACACUCCUGGCUUUCCUGGUGGAGCUGCUGAAGAGUUCGGUGGCCAUGCAGGAACAGAUGUUGGGUGGGAAAGGCUUUUUAGUCAUCGGCUACCUCUUGGAAAAGUCCUCUAGGGUUCACAUAACUAGAGCGGUACUGGAGCAAUUCCUGUCAUUUGCGAAAUACCUGGAUGGAUUGUCUCACGGGGCACCUUUACUAAAGCAGCUGUGUGAUCAUAUCCUCUUCAACCCUGCCAUCUGGAUCCACACUCCAGCCAAGGUGCAGCUUUCACUAUACACCUACUUAUCAGCUGAGUUUAUCGGCACUGCCACAAUAUACACCACCAUCCGAAGGGUGGGAACAGUAUUACAGCUAAUGCACACGCUGAAAUAUUACUACUGGGUUGUGAAUCCUGUGGACAGUAGCGGGAUCAAUCCUAAGGGUCUUGGGUUGAUGUCCCAAAGCCCAAAUCCUGAAAUGUCAGCGUUUCCUCCAGAUCAUGACACCCUAGCGAUCAUUCAUGUAAGGAGUCAUGAUCCAGAGAAACAAUGCAAGGAGAAACCCUGUCAUCUUUGCAGAACUUCAGAUGGCUCCAGACCUUCCCAAAAAGAAAUUAUUUCCUUGCGUGCAUUUAUGCUGCUUUUCCUGAAGCAACUCAUUCUGAAGGAUCGAGGGGUGAAAGAAGAUGAGCUCCAGAGCAUUUUAAAUUACCUGCUGACAAUGCAUGAGGAUGAGAAUAUUCAUGACGUUCUGCAGCUGCUCGUGGCUCUAAUGUCUGAACAUCCCGCCUCGAUGAUACCUGCAUUUGAUCAGCGAAAUGGAAUACGGGUCAUUUACAAGCUACUAGCCUCUAAAAGUGAAAGUAUCCGAGUGCAGGCGCUGAAAGUCCUUGGAUAUUUUCUAAAGCACCUCGGUCACAAGCGAAAAGUUGAAAUCAUGCACACUCACAGCCUGUUCACAUUACUUGGAGAGAGGCUGAUGCUGCAUACUAACACAGUGACCGUAACAACGUACAACACCCUGUAUGAGAUCUUGACGGAGCAGGUUUGCACUCAAGUUGUCCACAAACCUCACCCAGAGCCAGACUCAACUGUAAAGAUUCAGAAUCCAAUGAUUCUGAAGGUGGUCGCCACUCUGCUUAAGAACUCUACUCCAAGCUCUGAGCUGAUGGAAGUAAGACGCCUGUUCCUCUCCGACAUGAUAAAGCUUUUUAGCAACAGUCGUGAGAAUCGGAGGUGCCUCCUACAAUGCUCAGUGUGGCAGGACUGGAUGUUUUCUCUCGGAUACAUAAAUCCCAAAACCUCUGAGGAGCAGAAGAUCACGGAGAUGGUGUACAACAUUUUUCGGAUACUGCUGUACCACGCCAUCAAAUAUGAAUGGGGGGGCUGGAGAGUCUGGGUGGACACGCUCUCCAUAGCUCAUUCCAAGGUCACCUAUGAGGCGCAUAAGGAGUACUUGGCUAAAAUGUACGAAGAGUAUCAGAGACAGGAAGAGGAGAACAUCAAGAAGGGCAAGAAAGGAAAUGUCAGCACCAUAUCUGGACUUUCUUCUCAAGCAGUAGCCGCCAAGGGUGGAUUAGAAAUUAGAGAAAUUGAUGACCUUUCCCAAAGUCAAAGUCCAGAAAGUGAGACUGAUUAUCCCGUCAAUUCAGAUACUAGAGAUCUUCUUAUAGCCACUAAAAUUUCGGAUGAUACCAUUUCCAACACUGAUAGGCCAGCUGGUGGUGUUCGGGUAGAGGUUCAUGACCUAUUGGUGGACAUCAAAGCUGAGAAGGUUGAGGCUACUGAGGUCAAACUUGACGACUUGGAUCUGUCUCCUGAGACGCUUGUUACCGGAGAAAAUGGUGCCCUUGUUGAAGUAGAGUCUCUACUGGAUAACGUCUACAGUGCGGCUGUUGAAAAGCUCCAAAACAACGUUCAUGACAGUGUUGGUAUUAUUAAGGAAACUGAAGAAAAAGAUGGCCCUUUGAUCACCCUAGCUGACGAGAAAGACCAAACCACUUCUAACAAUACCUCAUUUCUUUUUGAUAAAAUGACACAUUCAGAGGACAAACUGUUGCCCGAACUGACUAGCGGUAACCAUAUAACCAUCGGUAACGUCCAGGAUACCCACGUUCAUCUUGGUGUCAAUGAUGACCUUGGUUUGCUGGCCCACAUGACAAGCAGUGUUGACCUCACUUGUGCAUCAGCUGUAAUUGGGGACAAAGAUUUUAAAAUCCAUACUACCGCUGAUAGCUUAGGCAGCAUUUCUGAUCGAGAGUUGGCUUCAUCAUCAAAAAGUCUAGACUAUACUCAAAUGACCACUGCAAACUUAGAAACCGAGUCUUCUGGUAACAAAUCCAUAGUCAAUAUGGAUGCUGGCAGUACCGUGUCUGAUACUGAGAGGUCUGAUGAUGGUCGGGACCUUGGGAAGGAGAUCAAGAAGAUACAGACUACUACAACUACAACACAGGCCAUUCAGGGCCGAAUCAUCAGUCAACAUGAGCGAGACUUGCGCGUGGAUUUGGGGUUCCGUGGCAUGCCGAUGACUGAGGAGCAGCGGCGGCAGUUCAGCCCUGGUCCACGAACUACGAUGUUCCGUAUUCCUGAGUUCAAAUGGUCCCCCAUGCAUCAACGAUUAUUAACAGAUCUGCUGUUUGCGUUAGAGACGGACGUCCAUGUUUGGAGAAGCCAUUCCACAAAAUCUGUCAUGGACUUUGUCAAUAGCAACGAAAACAUUAUCUUUGUUCACAACACCAUCCACCUGAUCUCCCAAAUGGUAGAUAACAUCAUCAUCGCCUGCGGAGGGAUACUGCCUUUGUUGUCUGCAGCCACAUCACCAACUGGUUCUAAGGUUAGUAUAUCUGAUACUGAGCUGGAGAAUAUAGAAGUGACACAGGGGAUGUCAUCGGAGACCGCCGUGACUUUCCUCAGCCGUCUCAUGGCCAUGGUCGAUGUCCUGGUUUUCGCCAGCUCCCUGAAUUUCAGUGAAAUUGAAGCAGAGAAAAACAUGUCUUCUGGUGGCUUAAUGCGACAGUGCCUGAGGCUUGUUUGCUGUGUAGCUGUACGAAACUGCUUGGAGUGUCGGCAGAGGCAGCGAGAUCGGGUGACCAAGCCCAUGGGCAGCAAUAAGGUCCAGGACAAUCUACAGAGUGUCCCAAUUGGCAGUGCCACAAAGACCCCUCUGGAUAAUGUUCCCGGUAAUCUUUCACCCAUAAAGGACCCUGACCGACUUCUCCAGGAUGUAGAUAUUAAUCGUCUGCGGGCAGUCGUGUUCCGCGAUGUGGAUGACAGUAAACAGGCUCAGUUCCUUGCUCUGGCGGUUGUCUACUUCAUAUCUGUAUUAAUGGUGUCUAAAUACCGUGAUAUUCUGGAACCUCAGCGGGAGACUGCGCGCUCCGCCAGCCAAAGCAUUCGCAACAUCAGGCAAGAAAUUAACUCGCCAACGAGUACAGAUACACCAGCUCUAUUCCCUGAUAUCAAGGAAAAAGAAACCCCCACACCUAUUGAAGAACUUCAUUUAGAGAGCUCUAUUCCUCACACAGACUCAGGCAUUGGAGAAGAACACCUCAGCAGCAUCCUAAAUGGAACUGAUCUAGAUAGCAGCACAAGCCCAGACGUCAUGGGUGAACUGCUAUCUACACUGUCAUCGGAUGUGAAAAAGUCGCAGGAAAGUUUAACAGACAGCCCUAGCGAAAUGCUAAAACCAGCUCCCUCCAUUUCUAGCAUCAGCCAAAGCAAGGGUAUCAAUAUCAAAGAAAUUCUUAAAAGUCUAGUGGCUGCUCCAUUCGAGUUGGCCGAAGCUGGACCAGACCCAGUACCGUACCCAGACCCUGCGCUCAAAAGGGAAGCCCAGGUCAUUCUUCCCAUGCAGUUUCAUUCCUUUGACAGAAGUGUAGUGGUCCCGGUGAAGAAGCCCCCACCUGGCAGUUUAGCUGUGAACACAGUGGGUACUGCCAGCGGUAGUCUCACCCCCAGCACAACACCAAAUAUAUUCGCUGCUACUGGAGCAACACCCAAAAGUAUGAUCAAUACAACAGGCGCUGUGGAUUCAGCUUCAUCCUCCUCAUCUUCAUCAUCCAGUUUUGUAAAUGGUGCUACCAGCAAAAACCUACCAGCAGUGCAGACUGUGGCUCCCAUGCCUGAGGACACUGCAGAAAGCAUGAGCAUCACUGCCAAAUUAGAGAGAGCUCUCGAAAAGGUGGCUCCUCUUCUGCGUGAGAUCUUUGUGGACUUUGCCCCAUUCCUCUCCCGGACAUUGCUGGGAAGUCAUGGACAGGAGCUGUUGAUAGAAGGACUCGUUUGCAUGAAGUCCAGUACGUCGGUAGUGGAACUGGUCAUGUUGCUUUGCUCUCAGGAAUGGCAGAACUCCAUUCAGAAGAACGCUGGACUGGCUUUUAUUGAGCUCAUCAAUGAAGGAAGACUGCUGUGCCAUGCUAUGAAAGAUCACAUAGUGCGGGUUGCUAAUGAAGCAGAGUUUAUUUUAAACAGACAGAGAGCGGAGGAUGUGCACAAACACGCAGAGUUUGAGUCACAAUGUGCACAGUACGCUGCUGAUAGGAGAGAAGAGGAAAAGAUGUGUGAUCAUCUCAUCAGUGCUGCCAAACAUAGGGACCAUGUGACGGCCAACCAGCUGAAGCAGAAGAUCCUCAACAUCCUGACCAAUAAGCAUGGUGCGUGGGGAGCCAUAUCUCAGAGUCAACUCCAUGACUUCUGGAGACUGGAUUAUUGGGAAGACGACUUACGAAGGCGAAGACGUUUUGUGCGCAAUGCAUUUGGCUCCACUCAUUCAGAUGCCAGAUUAAAGGCUGCCAUUGAAUACGGCACAGAAGAAGAUGUCAUGAAAUCAAAGAAAGCUUUCCGAAGCCAGGCUGCGGUAAAUCAAAAUGCAGAAACUGAGCUAAUGCUGGAAGGGGAUGAUGACGCUGUUAGCCUUCUUCAGGAAAAGGAAAUCGACAACCUUGCAGGUCCUGUGGUGCUCAGCACCCCUGCCCAGCUGAUCGCACCCAUUGUGGUGGCCAAGGGCACCCUCUCCAUCACCACCACCGAGAUCUACUUUGAGGUGGAUGAAGAAGACCUCAGCUUCAAGAAGAUCGAUCCCAAAGUUCUUGCUUACACCGAAGGCCUCCAUGGAAAAUGGAUGUUCAGCGAGAUCCGAGCGGUUUUUUCAAGACGGUACCUCCUUCAGAACACGGCCUUGGAAGUCUUCAUGGCUAAUCGUACCUCCGUUAUGUUUAAUUUUCCCGAUCAAGCCACUGUCAAGAAAGUUGUAUACAGUUUACCUCGGGUUGGCGUUGGCACCAGCUAUGGUUUACCACAAGCCAGGAGAAUCUCCCUGGCCACUCCCAGGCAGCUCUUUAAAUCCUCCAACAUGACUCAGCGUUGGCAGCGACGAGAGAUUUCAAACUUUGAAUACUUGAUGUUUCUUAAUACCAUAGCAGGGAGAACCUAUAACGACUUGAAUCAGUAUCCUGUAUUCCCAUGGGUGUUAACAAAUUAUGAAUCCGAGGAGUUGGAUUUAACCUUACCAGGAAACUUCAGGGAUCUUUCAAAGCCUAUUGGUGCUUUGAAUCCAAAGAGAGCAGUGUUUUAUGCCGAGCGCUAUGAGACCUGGGAAGACGACCAAACGCCACCCUAUCACUACAACACACAUUACUCCACGUCCACCUUAACGCUGUGCUGGCUUGUUAGAAUCGAACCCUUCACUACAUUUUUCCUUAAUGCCAACGAAGGCAAGUUUGAUCACCCAGACCGAACGUUCUCCGCUGUGGCAAGAUCAUGGAGGAACUGCCAAAGAGACACAUCUGAUGUGAAGGAGCUCAUUCCUGAGUUCUACUACCUACCAGAGAUGUUCGUUAACAGCAAUAGCUAUAACUUUGGAGUGAGGGACGACAGCAGUGUCGUUAACGAUGUCGAUCUCCCAUCAUGGGCAAAGAAUCCUGAAGACUUUGUUCGUAUCAACAGAAUGGCUCUGGAGAGUGAGUUUGUGUCCUGUCAGCUACACCAGUGGAUAGAUCUGAUAUUUGGCUACAAGCAGCGAGGUCCAGAAGCAGUGCGUGCAUUGAAUGUCUUUCAUUAUCUGACAUACGAGGGGUCUGUGAACCUGGACAGUGUCACCGAUCCUGUGAUACGAGAGAUUCCUGAAGCCUACUUUAUAAGAGACCCCCAAACAUUCCUCCUUACUGGGGAUUUUGUUAAGGCCAUGGAGGCACAGAUACAGAAUUUUGGACAGACGCCAUCUCAGUUGCUUAUUGAGCCACAUCCGCCUCGGAGCUCAGCCAUGCACCUGUGUUUCCUUCCACAGAGUCCUCUCAUGUUCAAAGACCAGAUGCAGCAGGACGUCAUUAUGGUGUUGAAAUUUCCAUCCAACUCCCCAGUGACACAUGUUGCAGCAAAUACACUGCCCCAUCUAACUAUCCCUGCCGUGGUGACUGUCACUUGCAGCAGGCUUUUUGCAGUGAAUAGGUGGCACAACACUGUGGGUCUGAGAGGAGCACCAGGUUACUCACUGGACCAAGCCCACCAUCUUCCUAUUGAGAUGGACUCUCUGAUUGCCAAUAAUUCCGGAGUUAACAAACGCCAAAUCACUGACCUCGUGGAUCAGAGCAUUCAGAUUAAUGCGCACUGUUUCGUGGUCACAGCAGAUAAUCGCUACAUCCUCAUCUGUGGCUUCUGGGACAAAAGCUUCAGGGUAUACUCAUCGGAAACAGGAAAACUAACACAAAUUGUGUUUGGUCACUGGGAUGUUGUCACCUGUCUGGCCAGAUCAGAAUCCUACAUCGGUGGUGAUUGUUACAUCGUGUCAGGCUCACGUGACGCAACGCUGCUUCUCUGGUACUGGAGCGGGAGACAUCAUAUUAUUGGAGACAAUCCAAAUAAUAGUGACUACCCAGCCCCAAGAGCAGUCCUAACGGGCCACGACCAUGAAGUUGUCUGUGUGUCCGUAUGUGCAGAACUGGGUCUCGUCAUCAGCGGCGCUAAAGAGGGUCCAUGCUUGGUCCAUACAAUCACAGGGGAUCUUCUCAGAGCGCUGGAGGGACCCGACAACUGCUUGUACCCUCGCUUGAUUUCAGUAUCCAGUGAAGGACAUUGUAUUAUAUACUACGAGAGAGGGAGAUUUUGCAACUUCAGCAUAAAUGGCAAACUUCUGGGCCAAAUGGAGAUCAGCGAUUCAACCAGGGCCAUCCUUCUGAGCAGCGAUGGGCAGAAUCUUGUGACUGGUGGAGAUAAUGGAGUCGUGGAAGUCUGGCAGGCUUGUGAUUUUAAGCAACUGUAUAUUUAUCCUGGUUGUGAUGCCGGGAUAAGAGCCAUGGAUUUGUCACAUGAUCAGAGGACCUUGAUCACCGGCAUGGCUUCUGGUAGCAUUGUAGCUUUUAAUAUAGAUUUUAAUCGAUGGCAUUACGAACAUCAGAACAGAUACUAAAGUUGACUGAAGUGCUGAAUGCCAAGUUUCAUGCUGAGAGCACAAGCGCUGCAGUUAAAAGGCGCUGUCAUCUCUGGUGGAAAAAGCAAGGCCGCAUUGAGCUCCAUUGUACAUUCCAUUACACUCAGCAAUAGCUGUACAUUGUAGUCAGCAGACCACUUUACAUUGUGUGUGUUUUUAUUUUUCACAACUGAACACCAGCUGCUAAAGGCAAGCUUGUACUGUGUAUAUUAUGAUGAGCGGCAGGAGGAGUCUCAAAAAAUUUGUUUUUUGUUUUAUUUAUUCAUGAAAACCUGGUAGGACACGUGGCAAAGAGACUUCUGGUCACUCACGAAGAAGACUGUGUCCGGCUGCUAUGGUGUUUAGCCCAUGAAUCUUACAUCCCAUUUCCAGCCUCUUUUCAAGCUGUGAAAAAAAAAUAAAAAAAAAUAUAAAAAAUAUGUUUGAUACUUUGUACAUCAGAUGCACAUCUUUAACUUUAAAAAGGGAUACUUUUGUAAAAGUAAAACCUUGUAUAAAGAACAAAAAGAAAAAAAAGUUUCUUAGUUUUAUCGUGACGCUAAACCGUGCUUGUACUUUACGCCUGAGGGAUCAGGUGUCUCCACGAAACGAAAAAAAAAAAAAAAAGAUGCAGCUUGCAUUAAAAGGUUGAAGAUGGGUUUGUCCAAUCCUUUUAACAUUUACACCAAAAUAUCCUUUUGCACUUUCUUUUUUCCUUUUUACCCCCUUCUUAGUGAAAUCCCAUAAACUUUUAAAACCUAGGGAUCUGAAGCCAUGGUUUGCCAUAAA